GGUGCUCUUGUGACGACCUCUGCUGAUGCUAUCAGUCCACUGCGGAUAGGCAUGCUGAGUAAUCCUGCUGUAAAUGGGCGAGGACACGGACACACGAAAAAUUAACCACAGCUUUCUUCGAGACCACAACUAUGUGACUGAAGCUGAUAUUAUUUCCACAGUUGAGUUCAACCACACUGGAGAACUGCUGGCUACUGGUGACAAGGGGGGUCGGGUUGUUAUAUUCCAAAGGGAACCUGAGAGUAAAAAUGAGCCUUACAAUCAGGGGGAGUACAAUGUUUACAGCACUUUCCAGAGCCAUGAACCUGAAUUUGAUUAUUUGAAGAGCUUGGAGAUAGAAGAAAAAAUAAACAAGAUCAAGUGGUUACCACAGCAAAAUGCAGCUCACUCACUUUUAUCAACCAAUGAUAAAACAAUCAAGUUAUGGAAGAUUACUGAAAGAGAUAAGAGACCAGAGGGGUACAACUUAAAAGAUGAAGAAGGAAAGCUUAAAGAUCUUUCUACAGUAACAUCACUGCAGGUGCCUGUUUUGAAACCUAUGGAUUUGAUGGUAGAAGUCACUCCCCGGAGAAUCUUUGCUAAUGGUCACACCUAUCAUGUCAACUCAAUAUCUGUCAACAGUGACUGUGAGACAUACAUGUCAGCGGAUGAUCUCAGGAUUAACCUCUGGCAUUUAGCAAUCACAGAUAGGAGCUUCAAUAUUGUAGAUAUAAAGCCAGCCAAUAUGGAGGACCUGACGGAAGUGAUUACAGCCUCUGAGUUUCAUCCCCAUCACUGCAAUCUCUUUGUCUACAGCAGCAGCAAAGGAUCCCUGAGACUCUGUGACAUGAGGGCAUCAGCUCUCUGUGACAAACAUUCCAAGCUUUAUGAAGAGCCAGAAGACCCCAGUAACAGAUCAUUUUUUUCAGAAAUUAUCUCUUCAGUGUCAGAUGUCAAAUUCAGUCACAGCGGUAGAUACAUGCUAACAAGAGAUUACCUCACUGUCAAGGUUUGGGAUCUGAACAUGGAAACAAAGCCCGUAGAAACGUACCAGGUACAUGAUUACCUUAGGAGCAAGUUGUGUUCUCUCUAUGAAAAUGACUGCAUCUUUGACAAGUUUGAAUGUGCAUGGAAUGGAUCAGACAGUGUGAUCAUGACAGGUGCAUAUAACAACUUUUUCCGAAUGUUUGACCGAAACACCAAGCGGGAUGUGACCUUGGAGGCAUCCCGAGAGAGCAGCAAACCACGAGCUAUUCUUAAGCCCCGGAGAGUCUGCGUCGGAGGCAAACGGAGGAAAGAUGACAUCAGUGUUGACAGUUUGGACUUUACUAAGAAGAUCUUGCACACAGCGUGGCACCCAACUGAGAACAUCAUUGCUAUAGCAGCGACAAACAAUCUGUACAUAUUUCAGGAUAAAGUGAACUCAGAAAUGCACUAGAUUUAUCAAUAUCCCUCUAUAUUUACAAACCAGCCUCUUGAGAGUUGUAGAAGGAUAUGAUCUUCACAAAAAUUGUGGGUUUUGUGGUGGGAUUUGUAGGUUGCAUCCUUUCAUCCCUCAGCCUGUAUCAUUAUUGGUGGCAAGCCAAUUAUUCUCCAUCACUGCAACUGAGUAAAAGGCACGACUGCAAAUCCA